AUGUCCAUAGCCUCAACGGAAGAGUCUCUCAAUGGCCCCCCACGAUCACCACGCGGCGCCAACUCAGCCCUCUUCACACCCCUCGCCAUCGCUAAUGGCGGCAUUACCCUCAAGCACCGUGUCGUGAUGGCGCCAAUGACACGUAACCGCGGCGUGCCACUUCGAUGCGAGAGCACUCCGGAGAACCAGAACCGGGUUUGGGUCGCUGACGAGCUCGUGGCGGAAUACUAUGCCCAGCGCGCGACUGAAGGUGGUCUGAUUAUCACGGAGAGUAUCUUACCGAGCCCGGAAUCAGGAGCCAUGCCAGGCGUGCCUGGGAUGUGGUUGGAAGAGCAUGCGCGGGGCUGGAAGCUGGUCACGAAGGCAGUGCAUAGCAAGAAAGGAGUCAUCUAUGCACAACUGACACACCAUGGCCGAGCUGCAAUCCCACAUUUCGCAGGACAUGCGCCUGUGUCGGCAUCAAUGACACCUUGGUCCACCGACGAGAAGUACCCGUACCCGCCACCGUUCACGCCGAAGGGGGUCUCGUAUGCAGACUCACUCGUUGCAUACCGCGAUCACCCGCCGGUUGCGAUGGCUGUAGAGCAUAUCCACCGCACGGUGGCGGAUUACGUGCGUGCUGCGUGCAUGGCAAUGGAGAGUGGAUUUGAUAGUGUGGAGAUCCACGGCGGGAACGGGUAUCUGGUUGAUCAGUUCAUCCAGUCCAACGUGAAUAAGCGGACAGACGAGUAUGGAGGUGGUCCUGAGGGGAGAUGUCGAUUUGCGCUUCAGCUGAUCGAAGAGAUUGGGCGGGAGAUCGGGGAGGAGAAGGUGGGGAUUCGCCUUUCUCCGUUUGGUGUGUACAACGACAUGGCGGACGCGGAUCGUUGGGCGACAUAUACUUACCUGCUGCGCGAGAUCAGGGCUCGGUUCCCCAGGAUCAGCUACGUGCACUUCGUGGAGGCAAGGGAGGACGAUGUCGCCAAGAGUCAGAGUUUGAGGCAGAGUUGGCCCGAGGGGAUGGCUUUUGAUCUCUCCUUUGCCAGGAAGAUCUUGGGGCCGACUCCGAUCUUGAGUGCUGGUGGGUGGAAUGAGAAUAGCUGUUGGGGAGUCGUGGAGACGGGAAAGACGGUCGAUGCGUGUGUGUUUGCCAGGUGGUUUGUGAGUAAUCCAGACUUGGUGGAGAGGUUGAGACAGGGGAGGGAGCUCGCGAUGUAUGACCGGGGCAGAUUCUACGGGCCGACUAGUAAGCGUGAAGUGGGCUACACAGACUAUAAGACGCGAAAGGAGGAGCAAGAGUGA